AUGACUGGAACACUUUUCUGUUUCAUAAUCGGAAAACUGAGUCUUCUAGCUUAUCAACAUUCGAAAGAACGUCUUGUUUUAGAGUCAUUGAAAACAAUCAGUCGAACAUUAAAAGAAGCAGAUGACGAGGAUCAAAUAAAACGACGCUCGGCUAUCAGGAAAAUAUUCCGAUUGGGCCGUCGGCGAAAGAGAAAAACUGAAGUAUCCUCUACUGAUGUAACUUCUCAGAAGACAAAUUCUAUUCAAGCUUUGAUAAGAUCAAAUAAUAAAUAA